AUGAGCUCGGAAUCGACAGAAUUCGAAGGACCCCUUCCAGUCGAGAGCCAGUCGGACGAUGACAACAUCGAAGAGAAGAUUCAAAGGCUCACAAAGCUGCAGGAAGAGCUAUUCAGAGAAUACGCGACAGUACGAGAGGAGCUCCUACGGAAGCGACGGCGUCUCCGGGAACUCUCCAGGAGCCGUAAUCCUUCAAAAUUCCGCGACCUCUUGCCUCGUGAACUCUUCGGCGAGAUUUUGGCACAUCUUCUUGAAAACGAUUCGACAGUGCUCGUUCGGCCUUCGCAGGUAUGCCGGCAGUGGCGAAGCUAUAUCACAGGAAGCCCGCGGCUCUGGACGAAGCUGAACAUCCGGUCGCAGUCGCCUGUAAAUCUAGAUGGGCACGUUCGGACGUGUCUCUCCCGUUCCCUCACCCUCCCACUCAGCCUGCUCAUCAGAGAUCCUCCAUCUAUAGAUGAUGUGGAUGAACAACUGCGCCACCACCACUGCACCGAUUGGUUGGAAGCAAUCUUCGACGAGGCAGCCGGACGAGAGUGGCGAUCCAUCACCAUCACAGACCAUUACUUUUGCAAAGGGCCGCGCAUAAUCCGAGACAGGAUGAAGAAAGGACUGCUAGGCAGUUUGGUCAACUUAUCCCCCCUCGCUCGUCAUCCAGAUCCCGAUGUCGAAACAUGGACGAUUGACAUGCUUCCCCGCCUGAAGGAGCUGGGUUAUGGCGGAGAUGUCUGGAGGAUCAACGCGUCUACGACGUGGCCAAAUCUUACUUCGCUGGAGCUCACAAACGUAAUCAAUGACCUUGAAGACGUCAUCUCAAUUCUCCGCCAGACAACAAAUUUGAGGUCGUGCUCCGUCGCUUUCGACACCCCUGAAGACGAUCUGGGACCAGAUGGAACGCGCCAUCUCUCGCUACCCCACCUCAGACACCUAGGUAUCACCUCCCAAUUUGUCGCUCGCGCUCUUCCAGAGAUUAUACAUGCCCCACAGCUCGAAACUCUGUAUCUUAAUCAUGCAGAAUGCUUCAACGUCAACGAUUUAGAGGGAUAUCGGCAUCUCCUGCGUCGAAAUGGCGGCACCUUAAAAAGUAUUCGGGCUCCUGGCAUUCAGGCUGACUUCCUCAUUGAAUAUUUCCCCCGCCUCAUUUUCCUUGAGAAGUUAGUGAUUUUUGGGCGAUUCCAGACCAGUGAUGCCAAUGGCGACCCGAUUUCUCAAGGCACUUCAACGAGAAUGCUCGUUUCAAGGCGAACCAAGUAUGCCCCGGCUAGAAGUGUUGGAAAUACUGGAUCAACUUCGGACAAUGUCAUCGCAGCAUUCCUCAAGUUAUUGAAACAUCGUUCCGGACGCGGCUUCGACGAGGCGGAAGAACUGGCGAGGCACAUAGGGGACCGUGAAAGCUUCGGCUGGGUAUCGCGGCUGAGGCGGGUCAGGUAUCUAUUAGAUUCGAGAAUGUGGGAAGAUGUGCGCCGUCGCAGACACACCUUUGAGAGGCUGAGGGAUGAUGGUGGGUUGGACAUAGAGGUGCACAUGCGGAAUGCCCUAGCGUAUUUCGAGUUAAACUAUGGACGUGUAACCACCACGACAUACAUGGAGUCUUUCGAAGAACAGAUACGGCUGCUCGAUGCAGAGGCCGACGAGGCCAACCGUCGUUUCCACGCUCGACGCACCAUUCUGCUAGACCGACGAGCUCGAGCUGCAGUAGCACCUCAUGGCGUUUGUAUACAGUCUCUUCCGCCUGAAAUCCUUCUGGAGGUAUUCGAAAACCUCGUUGGCGAUGAUUCAAGAUCCAUGACUUGCGCAAGAGCGAGAGGUCAAGACGAAGACAAAGUUCGCGCGUACAUGAAGGUUAUCACAGAACGAGUUCGCGAACGGCCUCUUACGCUUUCAAUCGAAUCCUUCUUGGACAUCGUGCUAAAAAUGGUGGAAAGCUGCACACUGGCCUCUUUAUCGGUGGUGGUGGACCAAGUUGAAGAUCUUACCCCAUUUUUUGAGGACAGCAACCGUGGAAACACGAACCAGCUCAAGACCUUGUCGCUUACUUGUCGUACCCGCGACGAGACCGGCGUAUUCGAACUGGACAUAGCGGGAGGCGUGGUGGAUAUGCAGUCCUUCACGCAACUCACAUCACUGACCCUCGACUUCUCCGAAGAGUUCACGGACCGCGUGCUGGCCCCGUGGAGCCAGCUGACGGACCUGAAGCUGACCUCCAAUAUGUUUUCAUUGGACUAUCUGAACAUCUUGCGCCACUGCGUCAACCUAGAGGGUUGCUCCAUCUAUCCAGACACAGCGGAAGAUGUUGAAGACCUCUUUCUGCCCGAACGAACUGGAAAGCCUGUACACCUCCCAAAAAUCAGAAUCCUGGAGCUUCUCGGUUGCUUCUAUGUCCCCGAUUUGAUUCCCGCCAAACUCGUAUGUCCAGUCCUUCAGGAAAUCUGUUUCGACUACAAGGGCUACCUGGAAAUAGACGGGGGCGGAUACAUGACAUCAUUUCUCAAGCAAUGCGCCCCGACGCUCAAGAAACUGCGGAUGCCCGCAAUUGGCCUCACCGGACGUUCCAAUGAAAUUCUAGCGCCAUUGGUAGAGCUUGAGGAACUGACUAUCGCCGGUAUUUUUAGCCCCGAAUCUAGCGACAACUCCCACUAUUCCUACCGCGGGUCUCUCAUCUUGGACGUGUGGAGUGUCUUCGGCCACCUCAUCGAGCAGCCCUUAUGCCUCCCUGGACUUCAAGUCAUCCGGCUCAUCGACCAGAGCGUUGAGGAAAAGCAUGUUGUGGAACAUCACCUCUUCAAGUUCUUGGAAUCGCGCCUCGGAAAGGCGAGUUUGUUGCGCAGUGUCGUUUUCCGAUUAAAUUCCGAGGACAGGCAGCAGCUAGAGGCGCGCAGGGCGAGGUAUAGCGAAUGGGAAAGCCAAGGCGUCAAGUUCGACUUGGAGGAAUGA